UGGUGGGUGCCCUGGAUGCAGUGUUGGAUUCCAGUGCACGAGUCGCUCCGUUUCGAAUUCUGCUUCAAGUUCCUGGGUCCCAGGUGUAUUCUCCCAUAGCAUGUGGUGAGUUACUGAAUGGAUCAGACGUUUACUGGGCCAUAGCCACUGGUGCAACAUUAGAGGAAAUAAACCAGCACUGGGACUGGCUGGAACAAAAUCUUCUCCACACUUUGUCUGUCUUUGAUAAUAAAGAUGACAUUGCCAGUUUUGUCAAAGGGAAGGUAAAGGCUCUGAUUGCGGAGGAGACGAGCAGCCGGCUCGCUGAGCAGGAAGAGGAGCCCGAGAAGUUCCGAGAAGCCCUGGUGAAGUUUGAGGCCAGGUUCAACUUCCCCGAGGCAGAGAAGCUGGUCACCUACUACUCCUGCUGCUGCUGGAAGGGCAGGGUGCCCCGCCAGGGCUGGCUGUACCUCAGCAUCAACCACCUCUGCUUCUAUUCCUUCUUCCUGGGCAAGGAACUUAAACUUGUAGUCCCUUGGGUUGACAUCCAGAAAUUAGAGAGGACGUCUAACGUCUUUCUGACGGAUACCAUCCGCAUCACCACACAGAAUAAGGAGCGCGACUUCUCCAUGUUUCUGAACCUGGAUGAGGUGUUCAAGAUCAUGGAGCAGCUGGCUGAUGUGACACUCCGAAGGCUGCUGGACAAUGAGCUCUUUGACCUGGACCCAGAUUUGCAGGAGCCAAGCCAGAUCACCAAGAGGGACCUUGAAGCCAGAGCACAGAAUGAGUUCUUCCGGGCUUUCUUCAGGUUGCCGCGGAAGGAGAAGCUGCAUGCGGUCGUGGACUGCUCGCUCUGGACACCUUUCAGCCGCUGUCACACCGUGGGGCGGAUGUUUACCUCUGAUAGCUACAUCUGCUUUGCCAGCAGGGAAGACGGCUGCUGUAAGGUCAUCCUUCCGCUCAGAGAGGUGGUGAGCAUCGAGAAGAUGGAGGACACAAGCCUGCUGCCUCACCCCAUCAUCGUCAGCAUCAGGAGCAAGAUGGCCUUCCAGUUCAUCGAGCUCCGGGACAGAGAGAGCCUGGUGGAGGGUCUGCUUGUGAGGCUGAAGCAGGUCCACGCCAACCACCCGGCGCACUACGACGCCUCAGUGGAUGACGACGUGGCUUCACCUGUGUUUCAUUCAACAAGCAUGUGCAGUGACCACAGGUUUAGGGAUCUUGAAAUGGUGUCUUCUCAAAAUAGCAAGGAGAGUGAAAAAGAGAAGAGCCCGCUGCUGCACCCCGACGCCCUGGUCACUGUCUUCCAGCAGUCAGGCAGCCAGAGCCCUGACUCCGGAAUGUCCAGAGAACAGAUAAAGAUAAGUCUGUGGAAUGACCACUUUGUGGAAUAUGGCAGAACCGUGUGUAUGUUCCGCACAGAGAAGAUUCGGAAGCUCGUAGCCAUGGGGAUUCCUGAGUCUUUACGUGGACGACUCUGGCUCCUUUUCUCAGAUGCCGUGACAGACCUCGCCUCACACCCAGGCUACUAUGGCAAUCUGGUGGAGGAGUCCCUGGGGAAGUGCUGCCUGGUGACUGAGGAGAUAGAGCGGGACCUGCACCGCUCCCUGCCGGAGCACCCUGCCUUCCAGAAUGAAACAGGCAUCGCGGCUUUGAGGAGGGUCCUGACUGCCUACGCCCACCGGAACCCCAAGAUUGGAUACUGCCAGUCCAUGAAUAUCCUGACCUCUGUGCUGCUCCUGUAUGCCAAGGAGGAGGAAGCCUUUUGGUUGCUGGUCGCCGUGUGUGAGCGGAUGCUGCCUGACUACUUCAACCACCGAGUGAUCGGGGCGCAAGUGGACCAGUCUGUCUUUGAGGAGCUCAUCAAGGGCCAUCUCCCAGAGCUGGCGGAGCACAUGAAUGACCUCUCAGCCCUGGCAUCCAUCUCUCUCUCCUGGUUCCUGACCCUGUUCCUCAGCAUCAUGCCUCUGGAGAGUGCGGUGAAUGUGGUAGAUUGCUUCUUCUACGAUGGGAUCAAAGCCAUCUUCCAGCUGGGGCUGGCUGUGCUGGAAGCCAAUGCUGAGGACUUGUGCAGCAGCAAGGACGACGGCCAGGCCCUGAUGAUCCUCAGCAGGUUUCUAGAUCACAUUAAGAAUGAGGACAGUCCGGGGCCCUCAGUCGGCAGCCACCACGCCUUUUUCUCUGACGACCAGGAGCCUUACCCUGUGGCUGACAUUGCUGACCUGAUCCGGGACUCCUAUGAGAAAUUUGGAGACCAGUCCGUGGAGCAGAUUGAGCACCUGCGCUAUAAGCACAGGAUCAGGGUUCUCCAGGGCCAUGAGGACACCACCAAGCAGAAUGUGCUUCGCGUCGUUAUCCCAGAAGUCUCGAUUCUUCCUGAAGACCUAGAGGAACUCUAUGACUUAUUCAAGAGAGAACACAUGAUGAGCUGUUAUUGGGAGCAGCCCAGGCCCGUGGCACCCCGCCAUGACCCCAGCAGGCCCUACGCGGAGCAGUACCGCAUAGAUGCCCAGCAGUUUGCACACCUGUUCCAGCUGGUCUCACCCUGGGCCUGUGGGGCCCACACGGAGAUCCUCGCCGAACGGACUUUCAGGCUCCUGGAUGAUAACGUGGACCAGCUCAUUGAAUUCAAAGCGUUUGUGAGCUGUCUAGAUAUUAUGUAUAAUGGAGAAAUGAAUGAGAAAAUCAAACUAUUAUAUAAGCUUCACAUCCCUCCAGCACUCACUGAAAACGACCGAGACAGCCAGUCACCACUCAAGAACCCUCUGUUGUCGACGACAAGACCCCUGGUUUUCGGAAAGCCCAAUGGUGAUGCAGUUGAUUAUCAGAAACAGCUGAAACAGAUGAUUAAGGACUUAGCCAAAGAAAAAGAUAAAACAGAGAAAGAGUUGCCCAAAAUGAGCCAGAGAGAAUUUAUCCAGUUCUGCAAAACUUUGUACAGCAUGUUCCAUGAAGAUCCAGAAGAAAACAAUCUGUAUCAAGCCAUUGCCACAGUCACAACCCUGCUGCUGCAAAUUGGGGAGGUGGGGCAGCGAAGCAGCAGCUCAGGAAGCUGCUCCCACGAAUGUGGGGAAGAGCUGCGGGCAUCAGCUCCUUCUCCUGAGCAGGACUCCGUUUUCGCUGAGAAGACUCCCCAGGACUCCCAAGCAUUUCCCGAGGAGACAGAAGGGGACUGGACUGUCUCCCUUGAACAUAUCUUAGCAUCACUACUGACUGAACAGUCUUUAGUAAACUUCUUUGAAAAGCCACUAGACAUGAAACCCCAACUUGAAAAUGCCAAGAUCAAUCAGUACAGUCUCAAAACUCUUGAAAUGAGCCGCCAAUCACAGCCUGAACUCAAGCUGGGUAACCUGUAGCAAGAGCAGUUGCCAUGUGGAGUCUGCUAUACCAAAGCACAGACCAGACCAUCUCUUGGGUUGUCAGCCCGUAAGCCCAGAUUUCCGUCUACUUUGAGCAUACCUUACAAACUGGAUCUCUGAAAAAGCAAUCUGACAAAUUGUGGCCAUGGAAACCGACGCGACCCCUCAAGCAUUUCUAUUUAUUCCUUAAGAAAUUGUUAAUCAGACACUGUCAGUGCUGUCGGGCAUCCAUAGGUCUCCUUGGUGCCGUGACUUGCAAUUCUUGUCAGAGUUGCUGAAAUGGGCACUCUUCUACCGUGAUGCCAAUUAUGGUUUUGUCCUCAGAAGGAACCCAAGUUAGAUGUGUUAUACUAACCAAGAGAGAAGCCCCCACUCUCAUUUUUUUCACUUGAAAUGACAAUGGGAAAGGUCAAGUUCACUUUCAAGAUUUAAGAGUAUCCACUUUUGUGCAAUUGCAUUUGGCUUUUGUUUGCACUAAUUUUGUUUCAAUGCUGGUAAUUGAAACCAUUUUUAAUAUAUUUGGUUGUAUUCACUUUGUAUGUCCUCCCAAAUAUGUUGUGUACAGACCAUGCUUUCAAUGUUGGCCUCAGAGUUUUUUAAUAAGAAACUUUUUUGUAUUGA